AUGGCCAAACAUCCUUCCAAGGAGGACUGGGAGGAGAAGAAGGCUGUGAUCCGCCAAAUGUAUUUGUACGAAAACCGUACUUGCGCUCAGGUGCAAGACUACCUCCAAGAACACGGCUUCCACGUAAAUACCCGCCAGAUCAAAAACAAGUUGAACGAAUGGGGUUUCGAGCGCAAGAAGACCCGGGCGGAACAAUACCUGGCCAUGUUGUAUGUGGCUAACAUCUAUGCAGCCCAUGGAUCCGACGUCAUCUUCAACGUACCCAAGCGGGAAGAAAGGCAGGACUACAGCACGAGAAAGAUUAGAAAAGAGUGUGACCGUAUCAGAAAAAAGCGUGAUCGCGAUCGACCCCUGUCCGAGCCACAAACUCUGGGAGAGGCCCAGAAGAUAUUGGUGGAGGCCGAUAUUGAAUGCAGAGGAACAUCUGGCCCCAGGAGUCCAGAUCAAGGCCGUCAGCGUAUCACCAGCAGCCAUGGAUGCUCUCCCAGGGAAAUAACAUUCGAUUUCCGGCGUGCCGACAGUCCCGAUAUGCGAGCCCUCAUCGCAGAUAUCAAUCAAAGUGAUGCAGCGAGUGGAACAGGAACACCCGUGUCAGUUGAAGCUAUGAGGGAUUCUCGAAAACAUUGUGGAUCUGAGAGCUCUGUUCGGUCAUGUUCUAGCCAGCGAGAACAUAAAGUGAACGCAAGCAAAUGGGUUAAGCCAUAUUAUACGCAGUGUUUUGCAACCCCCGUCAGCAAAGGCACAUUUGAAGGCCGGAAACGCCAGGCAAUGCAAAUCCUGGACUCGAUUCUGAAGCAGGACAACCCAUACAUCUUUCCAACACUUGCCGAAAUGGUCAUGAUAUUCGGAUCCAAUCAACGGACCGGCGAGUUGGCUGAAUUCUUGUCCGACAGCUGUUCUGUCAUCGACGCUUGCCAGGGCUCGCGCGGGAGUUUCACGUAUGCCACGCCCUUCCGAUACACGUUGGCCUUCACCAAGGAGAACCAAAACCUAAUGAGACAGUACGGCGCUCAAUUGCAUCGUUCAAUGACAGAGAUACGGCAGAUCUGGGGAGAGGAGCACCCAAAUUUCCUGGUCAAUGCCAACUUCUGUGCAUGGCACUGGAUGCAGAACCUGGACUACCAUCUGGCCAUCCCAUUGUUGAGACACUGUUUGCCGAUUUGCGAGCGUGUCAUGGGACCCUGUAGCCUCGUGACGAUCAAUUGCCUGGUCAUCACGUCGCGUGCUCAUGCCGAGGUCCGUAACAAUGUUUGGGCACGGCACUGUCUUGAAACGGCCAUGUUGCGCAUCGACGGUGAACGUGAGGACCUCGAACAGUUCCGUCUCGUCCUCCUGCACAGAUUGGGGGAACUGAACAUGCAGACGGGCAACUACCAGGCCACCGAGAUGCAGUUCUGGAAAGUCCUGCAAGAUCGGGCACGGAUAUGUGGCCUCGACGCUGAAGCAACUUGGUCCGCGGCCCACAGUCUUUGCGAACUCUUUGCGACCACGGCCCGAGGAGAUCUUGCUGCCGAGCUGCUCGACUAUAUGAGGGACCGUUUGGAGUGGGUGAGCAUCCGCCGCGCAUACUACCUUGGCAAGACCGAAACUGGUUGUUCUGGGGAGCCUCCCGUUCCGCCGUGGUGGUGGCCGUACGGAACAGAAGAUGAUUGA